AUGCCUCUACCACCAUCAACGCGCAACACCCUCAAGUCUCAUCUCCGGCACAACCAUGAGAACAUGCCGACUUCAGUACCGGCUGCGCCUGCCGCCUGCCCUCCUAAUCGUCAAAAACCUGCUCGGACGCGCACGAAAAAACGUGUGGUCAAGCUUGAUGAACAGCACGGCAUUGCCGCGGCGCGAAUUUUCAUGGACGAGAUUGGGUGCCUUGUAUCCCCCGUCUUUGAGUCUCCAGUGUGCACGCAGUGCGGUCAUGUCCUGAGAGGCAGGGUGACGCAUCAUCUGUUCAAAAAGCACCAUGUGCGGUGCAGCCAAGAAGAUAUUGAUGCAGCCAUGGCACUCCUGCGCCCGCUGCAGCCCGAGGAGCCACCGAUCGACCUUGGGGCAGAAUCUGAGCCUCGUAUGCCCAUUGAAGGCAUCCCCAUUCUGGACGGUGUGGGGUGCCCCCUGUGUCAGGCAUGCUUCACGACAAAAGGCAGUCUGUGGAAUCACAUCGUAGCUGAGCAUCCCGACGAACCAGAGGCCAAGCAGCCGCCUCGACGAGUCAAGCUGCAAAAGCCGCUGCGCGGUGCUGGAGCCCGCUGUGUCGAGGUCAUUGUCGAAGAAAGCCACGACGCCUCGGCAGCCGACGUCAGCGAGAACGAAGAGGAGCUCGAGGAGCAGCAGCGGUUCAAGCAGUUUAUCUCAAGCACCCAGGCCAUGGCCUCAGAGGCUGAGGAUAAGCGAUGCCCGCACGGCGUUCACCAGAUGCAUCCGUUCUACGACAGCGUGGGCAUGACGCUGGUCAUCAACGAGCUGAAGCCAGAGCGUAUGGUCGAACUGGGCCACAACACACCGUCGGCACUCCUCGAGUCGGGCAUGCAUGAGCUAUUCUGGACGGCCUACGAGCAGCUAUCGGAUCAGGGCCUGGCCGCCGCUGCGGUGACGCGUCUGUUUGCGACAAUGAAGGGCAGUAUCGGCAUCGCCCCAUGCGGCAAGUACAGCCGCAAACCGUCAGCAGCCCCCGAUCCGUCCAGCUUUCUGGGCCAGGUGCUUGCCAGCCGCGGCCCUGCGGUAAUUGAUGCCACCGUGGCUCUGAGGGCGGGCCUGAACGCUGAAAUGACCAAGAAAGAGCUGGUCGAGCCCCUCACGUCCCUGUGGCUGGCCCUGGUGGAGGUGGAGCUGAGCCUAUUUGACAACGACAAGGUGCACUUUGUCAACGUCUUCUUAUUGUGCACGGCCGUGUCCAAAGGAAGCGGCAUCCUGCAAGACAUCAGGCAGUGGACCACGACGCCCGCUGGACUGCUGUACGUUUUCAAAUUGUUCCUGCUUCGCCGUGGCAAGAAUGAGUCGUGGUCAGUGGCCAACGAGUUGAGGCCGUAUAUGCAGCCCGGGCGAUUGGUGCAUUUCUUGAGCCAGCGCAUGAGCAUGGCACGAACAGCGAGCGUGGCCGAGGGGCAGGCUGGAGUCGACGUCGAUAUCCGAGCCGAUGGCGACGUGACGGACGAGACGCUGCGCACCAUUGUCUGUCGAGGCAUUGAGCUCAAUACGAUGGUCAGCCCAGCCACCAUUUAUGCGGCAUUUCGUCGACAAAUGACCACGUACCUGCAUCGGCCAAAGCUGGGGGUGGCCACGUGGCGACACGCCGCAACCUUCUGGAUGACGACGUUUGUGAUUAACCGACUGUCGGCCGAGACGACCGGCGCCCUGGGCAGCCUGAUCCACACUCAAGCUCAACACUCUGGGGACACGGCCCAGCGGGCCUAUGCACGCACAGCCAGUGACCACGUGCAAACCAAAAUGUCGUCGCGAUUGAUGCAUCAAGUGGCCUCGCAAAAAUGGCAUGCUUUGUUUGGACUAGAUCGCAAGCGCAGCAUAGCCGAGUUGACCGCGAACCAAGAAGCAUUGGAAGCUCGCUAUCCCAUCAGCUGGAACCCGGUGACUGACCUCUCACCCGAGGCAAACGGGCGUAUCAUCAUGAACACGAGGGCCGAGCAUGACGUACCCUACAUGACCCAGCUGGCCAAGCAGGCGAGCAUCUCGUGGGGCCACAGUUUCAACAGCCAAGAACAGUUGGACCUGGCCGCGGCCAUUGACCAGCACCGGCCGGAGGAUGGAUGGCUGAUUGUUGUUGCACCGACAGGCAUGGGCAAAACAUUUUGUACCCUGCCCAAGCUGGGCUGUCGCCCGCAUGCCGGUACGGUGCUGUGGAUUGUGCCGUUUGUGGCCGUGGCCAACGAUUUAUUGCGGCGACUUCAAGGCGCAGGUCACAGUGCCCAGCGAUGGCUUGGUCCCUCUACACAGGUGGCAGAUGGCCUGGACGUGCUCAUCGUUACGACCGACAUGUUUGUCCGCGUGGGAUCUGAAUCCCUACACGGGAAGGUCUGCUUUCAGCACAUCCGCACCGUGGUGAUGGACGAGGCGCACACCCUCAUCUCGGAUGCCAGCUACCGAGAUGUGAUGGACGAAGUCGCAGCCAGUGUGGGUUCUGGCGGAUGGACCAACAUCAAACGCGUGGCGUUGACGGGCACACUUUGCAUCGGGGACCAGGAGCAUCUGUUUCGGAAGCUGGGGCAGCAAGUCGGGGGCAAGGUGUACCGUCUGGAGACGAUGCGUCGCGAUCUGCAGCUGCGUGUGCUUCACGGAAACCAGCUAAACUUUUUGUCGCAUGUGCAAGCCAUUGUGGACACGCGGGUGAUGCGUCAGGCGAAUGGGGAGCGUGUGCGCAUGAUGGUCUUUUGUGACACCGUGAACGAGCGCGCUGCCCAAGCGUUGAGUGUGGGGCAUGUGGAAGCAGAGCCCGAGGCGAUGGCGGAGGAGGAAGAUGUGUUGUCUGAGCCACCUGCAGCACGGCUCGAGGAAGAAGAAUCGAUCGGGCCAGAGUCCGCCUUGGAUGUAACUUCAGCAUCGAACGUUGACACAGUCGCGUCCCCAGGACCAGGUGCCGUUGCGGCGCAGUCGAGCAGAAGCACUCCACGUGCCCAGGACACGGCUGCGGUGGCGACAAAUGCAGGGCCAAUGACGGAUGCUGCUGUGCCACGGAUACAGACGAGUGAUGCUUGGAUUGGUGAGGCAGAUACAGCAUCCAUGUCGGUGCCAGCUUCACCCAUGGUCUCUGAUGCUAAUGACGAGGCGCCUUUACAGCAAGAGGCGCGUGGCCCGGUGCAAACCACGAUGGCAGAGGACGAGAGCACGCCACAGCCAGUCAUGCAGUCAGCAGCACAGCCAACCCCCACGAAACACGCGCCAACCCCGUCGGCCUCGAUCAUUUGCGUGCCAGUACCAUCGGCCUCGGGUUCAACCUCCUCUCCGACGCGAUCGGCUGCAAGCUCAGCCUCGGGUACACUGCGGCGUAAGCGAGUGCCGCUGGCAGCUGAAAGUACAUGUACCCCUGGGUCUGACGAUCAUAACAACGUUGGCAACAGCAUCGCUACCAGCCCUGCUCCCUCAACAUCCAAGCGAACGGCAUCGGAUGUCACGUGCACAGGUGCUGCUUCUUUAACAGCGGCGCAAGCAGCAGAGUCGCGUCUUCCCGCAGCAAAACGAGCAGCAUCGAGUGAUGCGCGCACCGCCACCGUUGCCGCUACUGCUACCACUCGCUCUGAAGCCACGGUAUCUGCUGCAGCUACGCCACCGAAUCGGCACAACGUCGCGCCAAUAUUUCGGUCGAAAUCGGGGACCAAAAAAAAAUAUCUGAUGAACUACGCGGCGGCUGACAAGUUUAUUGGCGUUCUGAAGUUGAUGGAUGAUUACUGCAUGCGAUGUACCAUUCGACAGGCGAAACCCGUGCUGAAGGCUGGGCAUCAAUGCGUAUCUAAUCGUGUUUGUGAGCGGUGUCACUUCAAAGGACAUGAAGCAAGCAAAUGUUUCGUGGGCUUCGCAUACCCCGACAGAGCCUGUUGCUACGCUUGUGGAAUGCCAAAGGGGAUUCGUGGAUGUAAAACAUGGGAUCACCUUUGCAGGCAGUCUCAAGGACUGGAUUCGGGCCUGAGCUGUCUCCUCCUUUAUUCGGACUGUCAUUCGGGGCUGCGCGACCUGUCCCAGCGGAUGGGCUACAACUUGAGGGAAAGGACAUUGAAGGAUAUAAAAACGCGCGACUUGUUUGUCAAGUGGCUGUACUCGUCCGGUCCUUGUCCAUUUCCAGGGGAUGGGCAUUGGCGUCUUGUGGAAUUUGUGUUUGAAAGUGCGAGGGUCCUGCUUCCCUGUGCGGCGGAAGCCCAAGUCGGCCCCCUCGACAGUUUUUGUCAGGCUCCAGCACGUCUGGAGGCCGUCUUUGGGUUGCGAGGAAGCGCGUAG